UCGUGCAUUGAUCGGAGACGGUUUAUUGAGAACGUUCGCAUGGUUGCAACAUUGUUUGCACAUCUUUUGCAUAUGUUGUACAAGAAAAGACUUUGGUCACUAUACGACGAUUCUGACAACAGCUAUCGAAAAUGGCUGGUGGAGAUUACACUAUGAACCCGAGCGAAGCUAAUGGUAAGGUACCAGCUCAGGUGAACACAUCAACGGGUACUCCGGAGAAAGCAGCGUGGGGUCGUCCGCUCGAAUUUAUCCUAGCGUGUUUAGGAUACGCAGUCGGUUUGGGAAAUGUGUGGCGUUUCCCUUAUCUUGCAUAUAGAAAUGGCGGAGGUGCAUUCUUGAUACCAUUCUUUUUGAUGAUGAUGCUGAUUGGCCUACCAUUAUUUUUCUUGGAAUUAUACAUUGGACAAUAUACAAGUUUGGGGCCAUUGAAGGCGUUUGAAGCAAUCGCGCCAUUCUUUAGUGGGCUUGGAUAUUGCACCUUGGUGGUGAUCAGUCUUAUUAGUGUUUACUAUAUGAUUAUUGUAGCUUGGACGCUAUUCUACACGAUUGUCUCGAUAGCUGGCAAUCUAGAUUGGGGAUCGUGUGAGAAUGAAUUCAACACGGAUUUUUGUUACAGUGGUUUUUACGAUGCUCAAUGCAGGAUUAACAAUACAGGACAAUCAACAGAUCUUACUUAUUAUUUAAGGCGUUGUAUAAGUAUUGGAGAGAUUUGUAUGAGUACAGGUUACGAGCCUUAUGAUGGUAGAUAUUGUUUAAAUGGCACAGAAACAAUACCUUGGUAUAGUAAUGUGAGAAGAACUAUUGCAGCUGAGGAAUAUUAUACACAGCGUGUGUUAGGCCGUGGCGAUGCUACUUGGGAAAACUGGGGAACGAUUCAGUGGCAUCUUGUCGGGUGUCUUGCACUCGCCUGGUUUGUCGCGUUCCUCUGUGUUAUUAAAGGUGUACAGUCAGCAGGUAAAGUGGUUUACUUCACGGCGUUGUUCCCUUACGUAAUGUUAACAGCACUCCUUAUUAGAGGAGUGACAUUGGAAGGAGCGAGAGAUGGCAUUGUGUUCUAUUUGACACCAGAUUGGAGCACUCUUUUAGACGCAAGAGUGUGGGGAGAUGCUGCUUCACAGAUCUUCUAUUCUUUUGGUGUGGCGUGUGGAUCUCUAAUCACCUUGGCAUCAUACAAUGGCUUUUAUAAUAAUUGUCAUUUCGACACGAUCUUCGUUUGUUUCGCAAAUUUCUUGACUUCUGUGUACGCGGGUUUUGCUAUAUUUUCUGUACUCGGAUUUCAAGCUGAAUUAAUGGGAGUUCAAAUAGAUGAUGUAGCAGAGCAAGGACCGGGCCUAGCAUUUGUCGCGUACCCGGAAGCGUUACUACAAAUGCCCAUACCGCAGUUUUGGUCUAUAUUAUUCUUCCUCAUGCUGUUCAUACUUGGCCUCGGCAGUCAGUUCGCCGGUAUAGAGGCUAUCAACACUGCGAUUGUGGAUCAGUGGCCACAGUUCAGAAAGCGAUAUUGGAUGGUGACAGCAACCACGUGCUUUUGUUGCUUCAUCCUCGGCAUCCCGAUGUGCUUCAGCGGCGGUGUCUAUCUGUUUACAUUGCUAGAAUGGAACACCGCGUCAUGGGCCAUCCUGCUCAUUGGUUUAGCUGAGAGCGCGGCGGUAGCGUGGAGUUACGGCAUCAAUCGAGCGAUGAAUGAUUUAGCGGCAAUGAACAUGAAACUUAACGCAGUUCUCAGAUUCUAUUGGAAAGCCACCUGGGCCGUCGUUUUGCCAGCAGCUAGUGUUGCGGUGGUAGCCUUUAUAUUCUCUGAUUGGACGGCGCCGAGCUACGCGGAUUACGUGUUUCCAUUGUUUGCCGAUACCCUCGGUUGGCUCACUGCUAUAUCGACGAUAAUAUUGUUCCCUGUUGGUGUGGGAUGGGCACUAUAUAAAGGAUAUAGGGGCAAGGAAUUAUUUACGCCGACAGAAGAUUGGAAGCCAUCUUCAAGGGCACUUAGUAACCCUCCAAAUGACAUAUCGAGUGACACAAAUCAAACUGCUUAUGACAAUGUGGCAUAUAUAUAAACGAUCUGUACCUAUACAAAUAAAUGAAAUUAAAGUGUUUGUAAUAUUAAAAUAAAAUAUCGAUAUUUCAUACACAUGUAUUUAAGUUACUUAUAAAAAAUAAUUGUCCAGGAGAUCGCGUUUAUUUUAUCUCUGAAAUGGCAUUACCAGACAUUAAAUUGAUAAUAGCUGGUGUACUCGUAAGUUACAGUCUUAAUUAAUUUUAGUACAGUAAGCAACACUUCGCAAAAUAUUGACGCGACGCUGGAUCGAAAACGUCGCGACGCUGGAUCGAAAACGUCUCUCGCGCAGGUUCGGCUGGCUGACCGCGGGACCGGUCAUCCGACAUAAAGAACAAUAUUCUUAUAGAUUUUGAGAUUAAAAAUAUUUUAAUACCACGCGUACGUCGUCCAUUUUAACGCCACCUUAACUAUCAUUAACUUAAUUGGUACUAAAUUUUGUGUGAUGCGAAAUCAAAGUGUGAAUAUUAUAGGGUGUUUUUAUUAUUGAAUUUUUUCACAUUUUGCUAUAGUAUAUGUUCAAUAUUUUACAGUAUAAAACAGAUAAAAAUAUAAUAGUUAAGAAUGUACGUUUGAAUCACAAUGCACACAAACUUAUAUAUCUACUAUAUCCAAUUGAUCUGUUACUAUGUAAAUAAUCGUGAUUUUUAUGAAAGCCAUCAUAUAACAUACUUAGUAAGAAUUGUUACUAUUUAUUAAAAAGUAAAAUAAAGUGACUAAAGUUUUG